AACUUGUUGUUAACCAGGCAUGUCUCCUUUCGAGGUAUUCUACGGUCGUAAGUCAAAUCGAGAGUUGAACAUGUUGCGAGCUGGUCAGGACACAACACCAGAAGAUAUUGAAGUUGAGAUGGAGUGUCUUCCUGAGGGCCAAAUGUUUGAGGAAGAUGUAUUGUUCGCUGAAGGCAAUGAGGAAGACAUUCGAAGACACAUGGAAAAACUGCAAGAUGUUCGAUCCAAGGCAGAGAAGAACGAAAAAAAAUCCUCCACAUACAUGGUCAAAAGGAACAUGCGGAAGAAUCCUCCUUCCUAUGAAGUAGGAGAGAAGAUUUUUCUUCGAGUGAGGAACAAAAAAAGUGGUGUGACACGCGGUGGAAAACCGUUACAUAAGCCGCUGGUUUAUCAUGGAGAAAUCAUCGAUGUCGAUCAUGAAAAUUUUCACUAUAAAGUGAAAUAUUUUGACAGUAGCAGUGAAUUCAUUGAUUAUGUUAGUGUUAAUAAUAUAACUUCACUUACCCGAGCACAGGAACAAGAAAAACAGAGGCAAGCAAGGGGACAAAUUAAAAGGAAACUUUCAUGCAUGUGCAAGGAUGUAAACUGUAAGAGGAAACCGGCUUUUGAUUGCAGGUUCAAAAUGAAUGCUGUCUGCUGUGAAAAUCAAGGAAAGAAGUGUCACCAUCAUGGUGCAGGGCACAACACAGAACAGCCUUUUACUACAGAUCUACAGGAGCCCUCAACAUCAGGACAGGCUUCAACAUUAUCACAGAACCCAACAUCUGGAGACCUUUCAACUUGUAGAUAUGAUCUCUCGUCAUCGAAGGCAUUAGGAAAAAUUUUUGGAGAUUUUUCCAGGGACUUUCGACUGAUGACAAUGAAACUGUCUUGUGAAGAAAAUCAGAGAAAUUUGGAUAGGAAUAUACAAAAUGCAGGACUUGAGUAUGCAGAACCAAGAACACCUGGUGACGGAAAUUGCAUGUUUCACGCCCUUGCUGCACAGCUGGAAAGGACCACACAUAUCAAGAUCACACAUGAUCAGUUGAGAGCCCAGGUAGUGGAACACCUCCACAAAAACCGCAAUACUACAGAUGGGACUCACAUGCAAGCAUGGAUUUUAAAUGGAGAGUGGGACAGAUAUUUGUCAGACAUGGCUAGGGAUGGUGAAUGGGGUGAUGAAAUCAUUCUAAUAUCUGUAGCAAACAUUUUUAAUGUAGAAAUAACUGUGAUAUCUAGUUUACCUGGAACGUCAAUACGAAUUUUGUCUCCAUCAAGAGCUAAUAAUGCUCAUGAACUGCCAAUGCUUUUGCUAGGACACCUGUCAGAAACACAUUUUUCCAGCUUAGUACCAGGAAUAAAUAACACUGUAGAGCCUAAGUUGUUAUUACUUGUGGAUAAAGUCAAAGGAAUGAGUAGAUGUGAAAUAAAGGAAGAGAUGGAAUUACCCUCUGAAGAUCAGUAUGUAGACGAAGGUGAACCGUUUGAUUCAAAUUGUAUCAUGCUUGGAAUGUCGGACAUAACUUGCUUCUGGGCAGCUAAUGUUGCAGAGAGAGGGUGCUGGUGGCAUUAUGUUUUCGGGUUGUUGUCCGUCUGUCAGAAGAUCUUGUAA